UCCUCUCCACUGCAAAUGUUCUCUCUGGGGUCCUGGUUGCCGGCAUUGCCCGGGCUGGCAUGGGGCUGGGCACUGCUGGAUGCCCUCCUGCAAGGGCUGGUGGGCGCCUGCGCCGUCUCUGUGCUCUGCAGCCUCAUGAAGGUUUAUCUCUACAUCCAGUGCCUGAACAGCCCCUCGAUGCAGGCGCAGCGGCGGGCGCUGGGCGCGCAGUGGCGGGUGCUGGAGCCGCUGCAGGCUGCGGUGCUGGCGGCGCUGCUGGCGCUGGUGGGCUCACGUGUGGCUGCGCUGGUGGUGCUGGAGUUCUCCCUCAGAGCCGUCUCCACUGCCCUCUCCUUCAGCAAGGGCACCCACAGCAGUCAGCUCUACCUGCUGUGCCAGUACUCUCUGGGCUGUGGGGUGUCCUGCAGCCUCAGCUUCUUGCUGGAAGAAGCUCCCCACAGGACCUACAACCUGCUGCUGGCCGUGGGGCUGGCGGGGCUGUUGGCUACCUACAGCCGGCGCUUGGCUCACCACGUGUGCACCUUGUACGAGCUGCACAGCCGGGCGCGGUACUGCGGCGUCUGCAUCCUCCUCCUCACCUCUGCCCACCUCAUCCCACGCCUGCUCCGACACGCUCUGGCCGUGGCCUUUGCUGUGGCUGACCUGGCUGCCAUCACCCUCAUCAACCGAGACUUUCUGUCCACGGCGGAGGCCGUUCGCUUCUGGACACCGCUCACCAUCUGCUACACGCUGCUGGUCGUCUACAUGCAAGAGGAGCGGCGGCAGAGCGCGGGCGGGCGAGCGGCGUGCCACACCGUGCUGGUGCGGAUGGGCGGCCUCUUCAUCCUCCUCCUCACCGUGGGCCGCUGGGCUGACGUCCUGCACGUCCUCAUCUCGCUGCUGGGGGAGCUGUGGUGUCUGCUCUGUACCAGUGUCCUGCUGGAGGUGUGCUGGAGGCAGGAUUUCACUCAAGUGGAGGGACACUUGGCAUCAGGAUCAGAGGAGGCUUCCUGA